AUGCAUCCCAUGCACAGAUAUCACCUUACCGCCACUGGCCACAAUCUCAACUAUCUUCCCGAGUAUAUCGCCCGUCGCCAUGGUUACUUCAAGGAACAAGGUCUCGAUUUUGAUCUCAGCAUACCGACUCCCUGGGAUGGCGUUCUCGAAGAUCUCAAAAAUGGGACCGCUGACAUGGCUCUCGGGGGUAUUUGGGUGCCGGCGAUGUAUCGAAAUAGGGCCAAAGACUACACUGUCUUUGCGCAAAUUGCGAAUCGCUGCCCUCUUGCUCUGAUUCGCCGAACUCAAGAUUUUGGAUUCAAGCUUUCUGAUGUUGUUGGAAGCACCGUUCUCCUGAAUUCAAGCGGUGGAGCCAGCGUAGGCCUGUUUUUCAAGAUGUUGCUACGUCAGAAUGCACUGGACCCAAAAUCUGUCAACUUCAUUCAAGAUCUGGACGGUGCGAUGCUGGCUACUUUGUUCGAAGGCGGCAUGGGCGAUUAUUUCGUUACUGAUAAUCUGUCUGCUUUGGCCAUGACAGCGCGAAACCCCAAAAUAUCAAUUGCAAUGGAAAUGGUCAAGGAAGACGAUAUCCCUUGGAGUGUCUAUUACCGAGAGACGGCAACUAUUACUCAGGAAGUUCUCGAUUUACAGAAACGGUUUUGCAUUGCUCUUAACAAAGGCAUAGACUGGGUUCUUCGAAAUGAUGCGGAGUCAUUCAAAGAGGAACUUUCCGAGUUAUUCCCAGGCGUAUCGAUUGAUGUUGUCGUAGCCGUGACGAAUUCUUACCGUGAGAACGGCAUGUGGUCCUCAACCUGUAUACCUAGAAAGGCAUUCAAUCAGUGGCAAUUGGGUCUUGCCGAUGCAUGUCUCAUAAAGGAGGUGUUCUCUUAUGAGGAGAUGGUGAAUGAUGUACCAGCAAAAGAAGCCCAGCUAGAAAUGGCGGCUAAAUAG